AUGCUUGUGCACCCAUUAGCUAGAAGAACCCUCUCUCCCAACCUAUUCAAGCUACGCCCAGUAUGCUUUCCAAAAGCCGUACCUAUUUUGUCACUUAGGAGUCUCCGCUUCAACUCAACCCAAUCCAACAAACUAUCAUCCAAGUCAUUAUUUGAUCCUUCAGUAUGGACAGUACCGAAUGUAUUAACUUAUACGAGAAUUAUUGCUACUCCUUUCAUUGGCUAUCACAUUAUUUAUGGAAGUCCCAUUACGGCUCUACUGUUGUUCACUUAUUCCUGCGUUACUGAUUUCAUUGAUGGAUAUAUAGCGAGAAGAUUCAAUAUGAAAUCAGUAGUUGGAUCAAUAGUUGAUCCUUUGGCUGAUAAAUUCCUUAUGACUAUAUGUACAUUAUCAUUAGCAUAUGUUCACUCAAUCCCACCUAUACUUGCAUCUAUCAUAAUUGGACGUGAUGUUAUACUUAGUUUUAUGUCAUUUUAUUACCGAUUCAAAAGUUUAACUCCACCAAGAACAUUAAACAAGUUUGUUAGUAUUGGACAAUAUCCAACAAUAAGUGUUCAUCCAAACUUUUUGGGGAAGUUGAACACAGCUUUACAAAUGCUUUAUAUUGGAAGCUUGGUGUAUAGACCACUUUUAGAAAGUGUUGUCAAUGAUGCUGCUUUUGAAGGAUUGGGGUUGAUUGUUGGAGCCACAACAUUAAUGAGUGGAGCUAAUUAUAUAUUCAACAAGAAUUCAUGGAAAUAUGUGAAAUAA